UCCGUCCUGCGUGCCUGUUCUGAGGAGCAGCAGGCAGAACCCUCCGGCCGACUUCUCUGCCACCGAAGAACGCGCCUUCACCUCAUGGAAGACUCCAUGGACAUGGACAUGAGCCCUCUAAGGCCUCAGAACUACCUUUUCGGUUGUGAACUAAAAGCCGACAAAGAUUAUCACUUUAAGGUGGAUAAUGAUGAGAAUGAGCACCAGUUAUCUCUAAGAACGGUUAGUUUAGGUGCUGGGGCAAAAGACGAAUUACACAUCGUAGAGGCAGAAGCAAUGAACUAUGAAGGCAGUCCAAUUAAAGUAACACUGGCAACUUUGAAAAUGUCUGUACAGCCAACAGUUUCUCUUGGGGGAUUUGAAAUAACACCUCCUGUGGUCUUAAGAUUGAAGUGUGGUUCUGGGCCUGUGCACAUUAGUGGACAGCAUCUAGUAGCUGUAGAGGAAGAUGCAGAGUCAGAAGAUGAAGAUGAGGAGGAUGUAAAGCUGCUGAGUAUGUCUGGAAAGCGAUCUGCUCCUGGAGGUGGCAACAAGGUGCCACAGAAAAAAGUAAAACUUGAUGAGGAUGAUGAUGAAGAUGAUGAGGAUGAUGAGGAUGAUGAAGAUGAUGACGACGAUGAUUUUGAUGAUGAGGAAGCUGAAGAAAAAGUUCCAGUUAAGAAAUCUGUACGAGAUACUCCAGCCAAAAAUGCACAAAAAUCAAACCAAAAUGGAAAAGACUUAAAACCAUCAACACCAAGAUCAAAGGGUCAAGAGUCCUUCAAAAAACAGGAAAAAACCCCUAAAACACCAAAAGGACCUAGUUCUGUAGAAGACAUUAAGGCAAAAAUGCAAGCAAGUAUAGAAAAAGGUGGCUCUCUUCCCAAAGUGGAAGCCAAGUUCAUUAAUUAUGUGAAGAAUUGCUUCCGGAUGACUGACCAGGAGGCUAUUCAAGAUCUCUGGCAGUGGAGGAAGUCUCUUUAAGAAAAUGGUUUAAACAGUUUGAAAUAUUCCGUCUUACUUAAUUUCUGUAACAGUUGAUAUAUCUGGCUGUCCUUUUUAUAAUACAAAGUGAGAACUUUCCCUACUGUGUUUGAUAAAUGUUGUCCAGGUUCCAUUGCCAAGAAUGUGUUGUCUAAAAUGCCUGUUUAGUUUUCAAGGAUGGAGCUCCACCCUUUACUUGGUUUUAAGUAUGUAUGGAAUGUUAUGAUAGGACAUAGUAAUAGUGGUGGUCAGAUGUGGAAAUGGUAGGGAGACAAAUAUACAUGUGAAAUAAACUCAGUAUUUUA